GGAGGGUACGUUUUUCCAAUCUGUGGACACAUUUGGGCGCAACAUUUUGGCUCCCGGCCACGCGGAGAUACCACUGAAUCAACUCGAUCGCGUUGUAUGUAUUCUUGUAUACGCUACGGGACUGCAACUGUUGCGACUGUUGCGACCGUCACUUGUUUCACCUUGGAGCUACCACGAGAUGGAUGUCUGUGACCCGUUUUCCGUCCGCCUUGGUGUUUGGUUCGUACUACACGAAUGUGGUUGGCGGUUCGGGAGAAGCAAACGCACUAGAAUCUCUGCGCCCCCACAACCCAUCUCACAACAUUAUUGGUCCUCCCCAACAAUAUUCUCCGUCAAAUUCGACCUGGUUUUAGCAAAAUCCUUCGUAGAUGCGUUACGCCACUCCAACCUCAACUGUCACGGCCCCUUCACCAUAUUCGAUCCAGACACAUCAAAACAACACACCAUAAUCACCAAUGCCAUCUUGCUCCGAGAUGCGGCCACAAAUGAUGCCGUGCCUUGCUGUCCUUCUCGUGGAGUCGCGUUGACGGAUGAGUAUAAAGUGGAGCUGAGAUGCCUACAUUCUAUAUCAGCAGCCUUCAGGUCGUCUUUCCGCCUAAAUCGAGGUCCAAACUCUCUGCUCAGCCGCGAUCUGGAACAAGCCUUUCAACAUGACACGCUUACUCCAUUUCUUCAUCUCAUGGUUCCUCACAACCGUCAUAGUCGCAGCCCCUGCCGAAGCACCGCUGGAAGCACCAUACAGCGAGACCUCAGCACUGUCGCCAUCGCCAAGAUCCAUCCAAAGCAAGCUGGAUUGCGAGAAAGCUGGUGUACCUCCAUAGGUGUACAUAUGCAAAGACGUAAACUGGACUGGUGGUUGCAAGCAUUACUUCGAAUGUCUGGGCGCAUUGGCCCUGAUCCAGGCCUUAAAUGCUUGUUUUUUCGGUACUUCUUUUCCCCGCUCUCGCCUAACGCUAGAAACGCUUUCUGCGACGAUCUUUUCGAUGGCAGCCUCGAGCUCAAGUUAGGAGUUAUCUUUGUUUUAAGGACGACUAGUGGACUUCUCCUCUCAUUUAAGGCCUGGGGAUCCAAUAGCAGGAAAGGUAGAAGAAGAUGGGAGGGAAGAACGGAGGUAAAGAUGGAGCUCAGGGUGAACAAUAAUCGGUUUGAUAAAAUAUCUACUGACCGCCGCGGCGCUUCAUCCAUAAAGUCCAGCCCUCAUACUUGUUCCAGAAUUCAGCCGUUGAGUGGGUGGCGUCGGGUUCGAAUAUAUCGUCAUUCCGGAAGUGAACUUUGUUCCGAGUCGUUCGCCCUUCUCCCGGUAUUCCAGAUGCCGUUCCGUCGCAUCUAUCGAGAUGCCACACAACUCUCCUUCCUAAUCGAAAGCCACUCGAAACGUUGGCAAGACGCAAGAACCCAGCUCUCCUUUCUAAUUAGAUACCAGGGAGCGCCCGUUCGCCUGCGCCUAGCAGGAGACAGUAGGGAAGCUCUCCAUCUGGUUAAACAAAGGGCAAGCACUGAGCUGUAUUCCAAGUUAAUAUUCCGUAAGAUGUAUUUGCUCUCCUUCCAUUUAGAGUACCGUAAGAUGCACGAAUUCCUACCAUCCAGAGAAGCUAGCAACAGGCAGAAAGACGACUUUGCAUCCUGUCAAUUGCAUGAUCAUAACCAGGACUGCCCUUGUGAACAUAGCAUGAAGCUAGGUAUUAGGGACCUCACUUUCCUGAUAAUGUACCGAAAGGUGCGACAGUAUGAACAGGUGAAGUCACCCACAUAA